AUGUCAGACAGUCAAAGUGCACUUGGUCAACCGAAUGAGGAAUCGGCAUUUCGGUUCCAUGUUCUAGAAAACAACAAGAAGAUGCAGUCGGACAUUCAGUGGAAGACAAUCCUUUUCUGGAAUGAAGCAUAUGCUGGAAAUAAAACUUUUGACAUUGGGAUUGGAAAAGAUAAGUUUUUAAAAGCCAACUGCCCAGUUUGGCAGUGUAAAACGACAAGCGAUCGAAACAUGUUACCUAUUGAAAGCUAUGAUGCAGUGGUAUUCAAUCAGCGAAAAUGGACUCCAACGGAUCUCCCGGUCAAUCGGUCACGUCAUCAGCGUUACAUCUUUUGGAGCAGAGAAUCACCAGGCUGGCGUUACGUUAAUACAAACACCAUGGCCGAAUUUUUCAACUGGACAAUGACGUAUCGUUGGGACUCGGAUAUUGCUUAUCCUUACGGAUGGAUAACUUUGACGAAUCCGAUUAUUGGGACGAAACUUUCUGACACGCACGAAUUGGAACAACUAAUUGCUGAAACCCAUUUCGAUUCAACAAUCAGUUACACAGCCGGAAAAACCAAGAAGGUGGCUUGGUUCGUCUCCAAUUGUAAAUCUUUAAGCGCUCGAAACGAAUACGUCGAUCGACUGAAAACUUUUAUCGACGUCGAUAUUUAUGGGGAGUGCGGGAAUAUGAGUUGCUCUCGUUCAAAUCCGGAAUUGUGUCGCAAAAUGUUGGAGCGCGAUUACAAAUUCUACCUCUCACUGGAAAACACACUGUGCGAAGAUUAUGUCACGGAAAAGUUUUUCGAUCAGAUGCGCUACCACAUAAUUCCGAUCGUCUUUGAUCUACACGGCCACCACGCACGAAUGGCUCCCCCACACUCUUACAUUAAUGCAGCCGAUUAUCAGUCCGUCCGGGAGCUGGCCGAUUAUCUGACUUUGCUAGAUGGAAACGACACACUUUACAACGAGUAUUUUUGGUGGAAAAAGCACUAUGUCGUAAACAAUAACGACGACGGAAUAAAACGGAGCAUGUGUGAACUUUGCCGUAUGCUUCACGUUCCCAAUAAGCCUAGAAAAAUUUACAGCGACAUGAAUAAUUGGUGGGACAUCCAGGCUACCUGUCAAACAAUAACAUUUUCCGAUGAAACGGAAUUCGCCGAAGAGUCUGAUGGAGAGGACGUGUGGGAGGCCGAGCCAAUGCUUGUAAGGUGGUUCGGGUAA